GGUGCCCCAUGCGAGGUCUGUGACCCCAGGGAGGACCCCAGGAUCCUGGCCCAAGGGGAGACAGACCUUCCCAGACCUAAGAGGCCAGGAUGGAGCCAGAGAUACAGACAGGGGGCUCGGAGACCCUAGGACACAGAACAGUGAAGAGCCCGAGGCUAUUUGGGGGCUGCACUGGAGAUGGGGUGUCUGCAAUGGGUUUUGAAGUAUGAAUAAGAGAUUCUGGGGGGAGACAGUCUCUCCAGCCGGAGGAACGCCUACACCCCCCGACUCAUUUAAUCUGCAAACGACUGUGAGACGGAAGCGCUGUCACCUCACAGACGGGCAGCGUUUGCUGGGAGACUUCAACCGAGUCACACAUCAUCCCUUGUACUCUGCAGAAAGUGAGAGCCGGCCCCUGUCCUCGUGGGCACAGAGCAAGCUGGACCCCCGCCGGGCACAGCGCCCCGCGUGGGGAGUACGUCAGGAGCUUGUGCCCCACUGCGUCUACACGACCCCGCUCCGGGGGCAGAGAUCGGGCUUGGGAGGGGCACGAGACUGGCCCGGAGUCCUGCCGGCGCGGCGUGUCUGUGACCGGGCAUGCACUCAGUCAUUGUGGGCUCGCCAGGCUCGGCAACUGGCAGGUGCCACCUCGCACGGUCCUCAGAACCUCUGCAGUCCCAUUCCACAACAUGGCAGGGCAGCCGGCAGAGCUGGGGCGUCCCUCGCCCCUCAAGACCUUCAUGAAGGAAGGGACGGCACCGCCUCGAAUGGCAGGGCCCCGAGAGGCCGAGCCGCACCUGCUGUCCCCUUGGCCCCCCGUUCCACAUCCAGGAAUCCCGUCCUGGCGUUGGAUGGCCCAACCAACGACGUCAGCUGCAAUGUGAGGCGUCUGCCCAGCGUGGGCUUGGGGUCCUGCGGUCCGUCCUGGGUUCUAUUCUGGGCUUCCGUUAUUCAAUUUAGGAUCCUAUUCUGGAAUGCUGAGAUUUGAUUAAAGCGCUUCCCCCACGGA